AUGACUCCCGAGGAAUCGAUUGCCUUGAUCAAGGUCGGCCUGACCGAAGUUCUCAAUCCCGAAAUCAUCGAAGAUGUUAUCCUUAAUCAGAAACGAGACCUCAAAGUCUACUGGGGAACGGCCACGACAGGACGGCCUCACUGCGGCUACUUCGUGGCAAUGGUAAAGAUCGCAGAACUUCUCCACGCCGGAUGUCAUGUCAAGAUCCUCCUUGCCGACUUACAUGCCUAUCUCGACAACAUGAAGGCCCCGCUCGAACUAAUUGAGCAAAGACUCAAGUACUACGAAUAUAUCGUAAAGAGUUUACUAAAAGCUGUAGGCGUAGACAUCACAAAGCUAGAAUUCGUCAAGGGAAGUUCCUACCAAAAGAGCGAGAAUUACACAAUGGAUCGAUUCAAGUUGGAGGGUAUGACUAGGAUAUCGGUUGCGCAGAAGGCUGGUGCCGAAGUCGUCAAGCAGACUAUCGAUCCGUAUUUAGGUGGUCUGACCUACCCCCUGAUGCAAGCACUCGACGAGGAGUACCUUGGCGUUGACGCACAACUCGGUGGUCUGGAUCAACGCAAAAUCUUCACGUUUGCUCUGGAGAACCUACCAAAGAUCGGUUACAAGGUCAGGGCGCAUCUGAUGCACUCAAUGGUGCCUGGUUUAGGAGAGGCACAAAAGAUGAGCUCCAGCGAACCGGAUUCUAAGAUCGAUUUGCUAGAUUCCCCCGACGCGGUGUCCAAGAAGUUGAAAAAGGCCGUGUGUGUACCUAAGAAGGUUGAAGGCAACGGUGUUGUGGCCUUCGUAGAGCAUGUUAUUUUCCGGGUGGUAGCUAUAAAGACUGGAGGAAAGCCUCACUUUACAGUCGAGAGAAGAGAAGGAGAGCCCCUUAUCUACGACGACAUUGAAAAAUUAAAGGCAGAUUACGAGGCAGACAUACUCACUCCUCAGCUUCUUAAAGCUGCCUUGACGAAAGCGCUGAACGAGCUCUUAGACCCCAUCAGGAGCGAGUUCGAGGCAUCAGAGGAAUGGCAGAAGAUUGCAGAGCUAGCUUACCCGUCAGAAGAAAAGCAGCAAAAAGUGAAGAAGCAAAAGGACAAGGGCGACCCGGCUAAGCGUGCAGCUGCGCUCGCGGCGAAGGCAGAACAGUUGAAGUUGAAAGAGGGUGGAAGCGAAGAGUCGAAAUAA